AUGUCCGAAGACAACAAUGACGGGGAUAACGCGGGACGCUCACGUACAAGGAGGAGUGGUCAGCAAGGCCGGAAGAAUCCCCGCCUUCGCAUGGCCUGUCUCCGAUGUCAAAGGCGAAAGAUCAAAUGUGAUGGAGAUUUACCAACGUGUAAGAAUUGCCGUAAUGCUGGUGCUGCCUGUACAGAUGGAGAAUCCGCCCGUCUGAAAGACCUACCUCGAGAAUACAUAUCCACGUUAAAGAACAGGAUAGCUUGGUUGGAAUCAAUCGUCAGAUCAAGAUGUCCAGACGUAGAUUUAUCCCAGGACGCGAUCGCCGAUAUCCAGGAGCCUUUGGAUGACACCGUUCUUCAAGACACGGCGAUAGCAUCACCACCUGCGCAGACAAGCACCAUCGAUGUUUCUGAUACAAAUCAACCUGUGCGCUCUACAGGAGCUGGUGCGAUUACUCACGAGAUAGGUCUGGUAUCUCUAGGGACAAAUCAAGACCCGAGAUAUAUUGGUCCUUCGAGCGGUUACUUCCUAGCUCGCGUCAUGCUCGAUUCUGUCUCGAAACAAGAUGAAAGACUCGGUCGCGUGAGUAGAAAUACUCCGUUUCCUACGAAAUUAGUAGAAUCUAUCCAAGGACCUCUGCCGUUACCACAAAGAGACAUGGCAGCCCAAUUGUGCGACGCCUACUUCAGCGCCAUCAAUCUACAGCACCCCAUUCUUCACCGCCCGACAUUCGAUACGAUGCUGGAACAAGUGUAUGAACAAGACAACCAAGACCCAGUUGUAAGAUUCCAGACAUUCAUGGUUCUGGCCAUCGGCUCGGCUGUCUUGUCGGGUCGCAUCAGAGCUCGCAUCCCAGCAGAAUCCUACUGUCUCUCAGCACUUCAACAUCUCGACGAUCUAAAUCUCGAAAACUCUUUGCAAGGCACACAAUGCCUUUUACUGCUUCUAGUAUUCACCAUGCACAGUCCUUCUGUUCGUUUGAACGUGUGGUAUUUAAAUUACCACUGCAUCGCUGCUUUGCUUGACCUCGGACUGCAGAGGAAUAUUAGCGCGGGCGCUGGCAUUUCGUUGCUGGAGCAGGAAAUGAGAGCGCGGAUUUUUUGGGUUAUUUAUACGUUUGAUCGUGUUAUUGCGACUAUGAUGGGAAGACCUAUUGGGAUACGAGAUGAAGGUUGUGAACUUCGGAUGCCUAUUGGGUUAUCUGACGAACAACUUACUACACCAUAUCAACAGACUACGGAAACGUCAAGCGAGAUGGCGUUUGCUAUCCAUCUAUUCAAGGCUGCAAAGCUCAAUUCGGAGAUCAAGUAUAUCGCCCAGAGCAUAGUCAGAGACUCACCCAGAUAUGCAUACCCAAGAGUUGUCGACAUCAACGAUUGGCAAACCACCAUGCUACAUCAACUUGAUGAGUGGGCGAGUCAUAUACCGAUCCAACAUGACCCUUCCGCUAUGUACCUGCGAACGACAUGUCAGAUACGAUACCAUGGUCUUCGGAUGCUUCUUCUAAGACCAAGCCCCGGCAUUCCCAAACCCACCAACGAAGCUUUGAUGCAGUGCCACAAGAGCGCGCGAGAGAGUAUACAAUUGUUUGACCAGCUUUACAAGAAAGAUCUUCUUGUACACAGCUGGACUACUUUCCACGGUCUUGUCUUGAGCACAAUUACUCUGUUGUACUGCAUAAAAGUCGUUCCAGACAUCUCUCGCGCAACAGAGAUUGACGCCUUGAUGACUGACAUGAGUAUAUCCCUCAGCGUACUCAGUGCCACAGGCGAACACUGGUCUGGGGCAAAGCGCAGUAGGGACAUUCUGGACGAACUUGGCAAGUCAACUAUCCGAUACCUCAGCGAUCAAAAUGGUCUCUCGCAUGCAAUGAAUAGUCGUUCAAUGUCUCAAGCCAUCACCAACGGCCCUGCUCCAACAGAAGAAAUGCAAGUUUCAGGGCUAGGUUUACAGGGCGCACCUAUGGAUACAUCAUUGAUGAACACGGAUAAUAUGGGAUUCUUGCAGAAUCCGUUUGAUGAUUGCAUGUUUAACGAUUCAUUCGCCGGGUAUUUUGAGGAGACGGAUUCCAUCAACGUGGAUAACAUUGUGCGAGACUUGUUCCAAGAUUUUAUUCCUACAUACUCGACUGAACUAUAA